AGUCGUUUGGCUGUGGGAGUCGCGACUCUUCUCGUGAUGAUGAAGCUCCGCCCCGUGAUGGUAAAAAGCUGCGCACUUGUUGGAAAAGUCAGGUACCGUCCGUCCAGGAUACCUCCCUCAGUGAUCCCAUCUGUCACCGCUCCACAAGGAGUCUACGGCAACGUCAGAGCCAAGAUGGGGCGGAAGGAGAUUGUGUGCAGUUGGAAGAAACCCGUCAAUAACAUCAAGGAUGUGUUUGACUUCAAGGGCAAGAUGGGAUCGGGGUCGUUUUCCGAAGUUUUCAUGGUGAGAGAGAAGAAAACGGGGAAAUUGUUUGCUCUGAAAUGUCUGAAAAAAAAGCACCUCACCCACAGCAACCUGGAAAACGAAAUUAGCGUUUUAAAGAGGAUAAAGCACGACAAUGUGGUGGGGCUGGAGGAUUUUUACGAGAGCCGGACACACUAUUACCUGGUCAUGCAACUGGUGUCCGGUGGGGAGCUUUUUGAUAGGAUCGUAGAUAAAGGCGUUUUCACCGAGAAGGAUGCCAGCCUGGUGAUCAAACAGGUGCUGGAGGCUGUUAGCUACCUGCACCAAAACAGUAUUGUGCACAGGGACCUCAAGCCCGAAAACCUGCUGUACUACGACGACGACCAAAAUGCAAAGAUCAUGGUUAGCGACUUUGGCCUUUCCAAGACGUUGGAGCACGGAGUGAUGUCUACAGCAUGCGGUACACCGGGAUAUGUCGCUCCAGAGGUUUUGGCCCAAAAACCAUACAGCAAAGCUGUUGACUGUUGGUCCAUCGGAGUCAUUACGUACAUCUUGCUGUGUGGAUACCCUCCAUUUUUUGAGGACAAUGAGACGCGGCUCUUUUCAAAGAUCAUGAGAGCUGACUACGCCUUUCACUCUCCCUUUUGGGAUGACAUCUCCGAGUCGGCGAUCGACUUUAUUAAGAAUAUGAUGGAGAAAAAUCCCCUGAAACGAUUCACCACUGAACAGGCCCUGCGGCACCCAUGGAUUGCUGGAAAAACAGCUAAAGACUUGGAUAUUUACCGUUCGGUCUGUGAGCAGAUGGAACGGAACUUUGCCAAAUCUAAAUGGAAGCAAGCCUUCCACGCCAGCGCCGCCAUCUACCACAUGAAGAAACUCCACAGGGAGCACUGCUCCGCUGCUCUCUCACUGCCCCACAUCAUUGUCCAGACCUCGUCUCAGACUGACCUCCAAUGUCUGGGAACCUGCAGUGAUGACGUUCUAGACCCAAAUGGAAAUCCUCUCCACGCCUCCCAUCAUCUGACUUCCCAGCCUAACGGGAGUCUCCGCCCUCCUCUGAGAGGUCAUCAUAGUGAACCCAAGUACCUGCUAGCAGAACCAAGAGAGGUCCACUCUGUGGACUCUGAGAAUGACACUACAUCCAAAAGCCCGGGAGCCGCCGUGGCUGAGAGAAAGGAGGUGCCGCUUCAAUCUGGUGUUUGUUCUGUCAUGUGAUUGACCCCAUUCUCAUAGAGACACUCAACUCGUCCACUGUGCAACACGUCGGAAAAUCUUCUCAUGACUGACCAUUUGGAUGAUAUCCAUUGAAAUGUUCAUUUGAAGUUGAUCUGUCCGAAUUGAUGGCAAAAACACAAGUUGCACAUCAAAGAGCCCGAUUUUGAAAGUCUCUAGUGUAUCAUCAGUAAGCUAUUAUAAAUAAUGAGGUUUUGGAGUUUGGAAUAUCCAAGCAUCUGAAAUCUUUUUCAACGUUUAUUGGUUUUGCCCCCAGCCAUUGUUCAUGGAAAGCAUAUGUUUUUAUCAACAUGUAUGCUAUCUUCUCUUGUUGCAUUUCUACAGGCUGCAAUUAUUUGCGCGGCGUUUUGAUAUUUGUGGGUUGGCCCGGUCAAAUAGCGGGGCUCCACUCUACAUAAAUGAAUCUGUGAAAUGAAUGAAUUUAAGUGCCACAACUCGGUAGAAAAAGUCCGUAUGUAGUGAAAUGCACAUUUUGGAAAUGUUUUGUUUGUUUUUUUCCCCUCAAUAAAUGCAGAUUAGUCUGUCUGUUUCUUCUUCAUAUCCCGUUAAUCUACCACAUAAGUCUUUGAAGAAGCAUAAGUAAAGCUUUUAUUAAAUAUGAUGGGUUCUGCACCGAUAAAACAUACAAUAAAUAAUAGUACAGGGUGUCUCUAAAAAAGUGACAUCAUUUGUCCUUAAAGUAAUCACAUGUCCUAGGUAAACUAAGUUAAAUAGGCUUUAAAAGAAAUGUCCAACAUAUUCAAAGGGCUAUACUGUGGAGCUUUAUGAAUGUGCAAUGGAUGAUGACCACAUGACACAUUCACACCCAAAAAUGCUGCGUGGAAUCAAAAGACAUCGCACUUAGUUUUCCACAUUUCAGGAUCAAGAAUGGCCUAUUGAAUUAGCGACAUCAAUUCUUUGUGACACCCUGUAGGCAAAUGUGAUACUGAUACGUUUGGUGUUGCCCUUUCUCAUGACAAAUGAAUGCAUUGACAUCCUCACUAAGCGCGAAGCAAAAGUGGCUCUUAACAUUGACAAGUCGCUACGUCCAUCAGAGAUGAUAUUAUUUCAGGGUCAAGGAGGAGUUUUGCUUUAAUGGUGGAAAAGGUUGUCCUGCGGCAUGGCGUGAAAGAAGCUACUUGUCAGGCCUGGCAGACACUCAAAUCGUUGGCUUUCUUUUGAAGUUGUGUUACCAGAUUUUGAAGCUUGUCAUCAAGUCCCUCAAGCUUUUUGGACUUUUGAAGAAUCUCAUCCUGCAAUUGCUUCAGUGAGUCGGCUUUUCCUGUGGAGCGGUAACAAAGGCGUACUUGCUUUCAAGAGAGUUCACAGAUCAUCA